UGAAAAAAUAAACAAAUAAAACUGCAUAGAACAAAAGAAAAAAGUAUCAGAUUUUAAUCGCGGAGCAAAACGCAGAAAAACAAGUUUUAAAACCAACGAUAACAUCAAUUUCGUCAUUCAUAACUAUUGCACUAGUAUAUUCCUUUCUGUGUGGUAAAUAAAAAUCGACAGCUGACCAAGCAAGUAAUAAUCAGAAACGAUCCAAUAAAGGUUCAUUAGUAUACAGCAAUGGACUCUGUGACGGAUGAAAAUGAUAAAAUUUCUCUUAAACUGGCCGAGAUAUCAAUCGAGAAAUUCAACCAAUCCAUUCCGCAGUAUUUGAGCUUGCUGAAGAAUCACAAAUGCAACAUCGAGAAAGCAGGCUCCCUCAGUGAUUGGGAUCGUAUCAAACGGGAGCAGAUCAAUGCGACACGAGUCAUCAAGCAGAUGAAAUAUUUGAUUCUGGAAAUUGAUAAAGUGCGCAGUCGGAUCAGAGAAAGUGAAGUGGAUCGGUUUGAUGAGGCAAUCGAUGCAGCGAAGAAAAUGGCUUUUGCUGGGAUGGGGGAGUAUUUGGAAAUGCAGCAAAAGUUUGCUUCUCGAUCGCAAUCUACAUAUAGCUUUCAAGAUGACGAUCGUGGACUGUUUGAAGACGGAGAUAAUCGCUACGGAAAUAACUUGACACAAGUAUCAAAAAUAACUAGUAAUUAUGACCGCCAGGAAGACGAACUUCGGCAACGGGCUGAAUGUCUGAAGGAGAUGGAAAACCUUCAGCAGGAAAUUGUUGACAUCCAAGACCUCUUCCAAGCCGUUCACACUAUGACCCAUGACCAGGCGCAGUUUAUCGAUGCGGUAGAAGAAAAUGUGGAAGUAACGCAGGUCCACGUGGAGGCGGGCGAAACGGCCCUGCGGAAAGCUCUUCGAUACAAAAAGGCCAUCUAUCCGAUGUGUGGUGCUCUGCUAGGGUCCUGCAUAGGCGGACCAAUUGGGCUGAUUGUAGGGCUAAAGGCCGGAGGAUUGGCAGCCAUCGGUGGAGGGUUGGUUGGAUUUGCUGGGGGGAAGUUUGUUAAAAACGAAGACGAACUGGAUUCCAUCGAAGCUGAAGACAAAGCAGUCGAAGUGGAGGCUAACGGAGUGGCCCUUAUUGAACAGGAAUUGCCAAUCUGCGAACAGCGCGAAUGACGAUUGGGACGCUUUUGUACCGUUCAGUAGAUUGGCUUUGUUAAGAUACAUGUUGUGUAGUAUUGGCUGUUAGGAUUGCGAUCUUUUUAAGGGAGCAACGUUGGACAUUAUUGUUGAAUUAAUGCUUAGUGUCUGAACCGUAUCUUUUUUUUAACUUGGAGAUACAUCACUUUAUCGGAUUUCGAAUAGACUACAUAAUUUUUUUUUUUACAGUUAGCUCUUUACUGCCAAAUUAAAAAAAAAGUUUGUCAAAGAGAUUAUAUCCCCCAGCGGCCGUGAAAAUUACUAGUAAAUUAUUCCUGGCAUGUGGAUGAGAGAAGUGUUAUGACCAGAGCUAAAAUCGCUUUGGGUCGUUUUGAGGCUAUAAUUUCAUUCGUUUGAUAAACAGACCUUUGAUAUUAAUUGGGUUCACUAAUCUAAUCUGAAUUAGUCGUUUCAAAAGCCUAAAACAUCUGGCAGUAGAGGUUAACCAUAAAAAAAUGAGAGAUUAGCAUAUGUUGAUAAAUGAUUGGUCAUCAGUUUUUACAGCUUUAUUUAUACAUUUCUUCUCUAAACUGGAGACAAUAAUGGAGAAAUGAUUACAUUUUCUCAAACAAGCGUAUAUAGAAGAAAAUCAAAACGAAACAUCCUACUUGUUAAACGAUAUUCCUCCAGUUACAAGUUUCAUCAAUAAAGUGCAUCUUUCUACCCGGUCGUC